AUGGCUCGAGAAACCGUCUCACCUGUCUCAGCCAGCGACGAGUACUAUAAUGUAGGCUCGUUUUGCUGUGCUAUUACCACCACUAGUGUCGACGCCCAGACCUGGUUCAAUCGAGGUCUCAUUUGGGUAUACUCCUUUAAUCAUGCAGAAGGUGCCUAUUGCUUUCAACAGGCCGCUGCACAUGAUCCUCUCUGUGCGAUGGCGUACUGGGGCAUCGCAUAUGCUGUUGGACCGAACUAUAACAAAGCGUGGAAUAAGUUCGACCACGAUGAUCUCCAUGCCUCUGUCAAGCGAGGCUAUGAAGCAUCUCGAACUGCAAAAAAACUAGCGGGGAAUGUGACUACAUUCGAGAAGGGUGUAAUCGAGGCUAUACAAUCACGCUUCCCAACUGAUCAACCUGCCACAGAUUACCACGCCGUCAAUAAGAAAUACGCCAGCGCCAUGAAACCAGUCUACGAUGAAUUCGGCCAUGAUCUGAAUGUUGCUACGCUAUAUGCUGAUUCAUUGAUGAAUAUGGCCCCAUGGGCCUUGUGGAAUCUCUUCACAGGCAAACCAAACCCAAUAGCCCCGACUAUAGAAGUAAAAGCCGUGCUAGACCGAGCGCUAGCACAGGAACAAGACGGUGCGAAUUUCAAUCCUGGACUUCUUCAUUUGUACAUUCACUUCAUUGAAAUGUCACCGACUCCAGAGUUAGGCAUCAAUGUUGCCGACUAUCUACGCGAUCUUGUCCCCGAUGCCGGACACAUUCACCACAUGCCUACGCACUUGGAUAUUCUGAUCGGUGAUUGGCGGCGCUCUAUUGCUUCAAACUCCAAAGCAACCGUCGUGGACGACAAAUAUUUCCGAAAAGCAGGGGCGAAGAACUUCUAUACUUUCUACCGCAUGCACAACUAUCAUUCUUUGGUCUAUGCGGCUAUGUUUGCCGGCAAAUCCAAAACUGCUCUCGAUGCGGUCACUCGCAUGGAAUCCACAGUACCCGAGGAAGUCCUUCGAAUCCAGUCUCCGCCAAUGGCUGACUGGUUAGAACAAUUUAUGUCAGUUGGUAUCCAUGUAAUGGUACGCUUCGGCAUGUGGGAAGAGCUCAAGCACAAAGAACUACCUGUAGAUCCAGUCCUAUAUGCAAGCACCACUGCCGUCAUCCACUAUGCACGAGGCGUAGCAUUCGCCGCCACGGGAGAAGUGGCCUCGGCUCAACAAGAACAAGAUCUCUUCCAUGAAGCCUGGGCUCGAGUACCUAGGAGCCGCAGAGCAUACAAUGGCAAAAUGGUCGACGUACUCAAGGUAGCCGCAGCCAUGCUUGAAGGAGAGAUCCAAUACCGAUGCGCUAGCUAUGACGAUGCAUUCGCGGCCAUGCGCCGUGCAAUCGAUCUCGAAGACGCAUUGCCUUACAGUGAGCCUUGGUCUUGGAUGCAACCUGUCAGACACGCAUAUGCUGCUUUGUUAAUGGAGCAGGGUCAUUUGGAAGAAGCGGCAAAGACGUAUCGCGCGGAUUUGGGUCUGGAUAGCUCUAUCAUUCGACCGCGUCGGCACCCUAACAACGUUUGGUCACUGAAGGGAUAUCAUGAGUGUCUGACUCGAUUGGGAAGGAUGGAGGAGGCAGCUGUGAUCGAACAGCCGGUUAAGUUGGCACUUGCGGUAGCGGAUGUCCCGAUUAGGGCAUCGUGCUUCUGUCGCUUGGACACCUCUCAGGCGCCCCAAGUCCUUGGUACGUGUUUUGACAGUAAAGGCUGCCAUUAA